AACGAAAGGCAGCUGUCAAACAUCUCAAAACACAACGGCGUGCCUGCUUGCUUGCUUGGUGGGACUACACGUGUUGGCUUAAAAAUGGCUAAAAAGAAUCAAAUCAAAACGGAAAGUGUGGCGACUGCUGAGAAAUCAGCCAUGGAAGUGACGAAGAAAAAAGGCAAGCAACAAAAGCGUACCGAGAAUGGCGACGCAGUAAUGAAAACGAAAGGCAACGGGGUGGCUGCGGCUAAACCGGAGAAGAAAAAGAAUGAAAAGCCAAACAAAAAGCGACCCGCUCAGUCGGCGGCGCAGCAGCAGGAUGAGGAUGAUGCGAUGGGAGAGGAAACGGUCGUACCGGCCAAGGUGUCGAAGAAAGCGGCCGGCAACGGGGACUUGAUCAUGGGCGGUACGACUAUUGACCAGGUCACCGGCAUCAACCUGCAGAAGAAGACAAAAAAGAGCCGCAAAGUGAAGCAGCGCGAAAAGCUUGGCACCAAGGGGGCGAAGGUGCCGGCCAAGUCGAAUGAGAAGCUACAGAAGGAAGCGCUCGAGUAUCUGGACACCUGGGGCAAGAACCGGCAGGAGUGGAAGUUUAGCAAGCUGAAGCAGAUCUACAUCCAGGAGCACGUGUUCGACGAUUCCUUCAUCGGCGAGGAGGCGUGGCCGAUCGCGGUGGAGUAUUUGAGCAAAACACAGGGCUUCGCCAGGGACCUGUUGACGGCUAAAGCGAAAGCCAUUAUCAAGAAGGGGGAUGUGAAUAUGAAGGUGCAGGAUAGCGCUAAUUACAAGCGUGCCCGGGAGCUGCUGCAAUGUUUGGGAUGAAGGCGAGAGAGAAAAUUAUUAAAAUAAAACCAUAAAAAAACGUCAUGCCCGUAGCGGCAUGUGGAUUACA